AUGAGCCCGCCUCGGACUCUCCAGGCGCCAGCCGCUCGCGCUGCGCAGCAGCACGCCGUGACAGCAGCUAGGCUCAACAUUCAGCGAGGGCUUUCCAAACUACAGGAUCGGCGGGGUCUGAGUACGGUGGCAGCGGCUGCCAAAGGCAAAGCGGCGGAAGCUAAAGAGCCGGCAGGCACCGCCCCCAAGACAGCGCGCCGCCGUUCGGCCCCUGCGGCGAGCGAGCGCGCCACGCCGGACGGCGCGCUGGCGGCAGCCAAGGCUGCGGCCAGCGGCGACGUGCGGCCGCUGCAACAGCUGAUCGACCAGCUGGCGAGCGGCUCGGCCGCCGAGGCAGGAGCGGCGGCCAAGGAGCUUGUGAGUUGUGUGAAGUCGAGCGACGAACGGUGCAGGGCGGCGGCAAACUUGGGCGCCCUGAAGCUGCUGGUUGACCUGCUGGGCCAAGGCCAGCCAGACAGCCAGAGAUUUGAGGCCGCAAGGGCGAUUGACGGCAUUGUUUGUGCUGGCAACGAUCUGCGGGAGGCUGCGGCCGCCGCCGGCGCGCCCGCGGCGCUCGCCGCGCUGCUAGCGCCGGCGGCGGGCGCGUCCAAGGCGGUCGAGGCGGCGGCGGCUGAGGCGCUGGCAGAGGUUGCCGCAUGGGACAUGUCCGAGGUGGCGGCGGCGGCCAGUGCCGAUGAUGCCAGGCGCGAGGCGCAGCGCGCCGCUGCGAUGGGCAAAGCCCUGAUCAGGGCUCAAGGGCUCGGCGCCCUGGUGGGCGUGCUCGAAAGGAAGGGGUCAUCUAUCAGCCUCCAAACGCACGCGGCGCGGGGUGUGGCGAGCGCAGCAGCGCUGGGCAUUGUCGCGCCCGGCGAGGCGGCGGCGCGCCUAGGCGCGCUGCUGCUAGGCGUGCUCAACGAGGGCGUCGCGGCCGCCGAGGAGCGCGGCCGCGCGCCCAAGAAGGGCGUCGAGGCGGCGCGCUGGGCGGCGGCGGGGCUCGCGGCGCUGCUGUCGGCGCCGGACGCCAACGACGCGCUUCGGCGGCGGCUCGCCGGCAGCGGUGGCAUAGAUACGGUCCCGCUGCUCGUCGCGCUGCUCGAGGCCCCGCCAAAGCCCGCCGCCGCGGCAGCCGCCGCCGCGCUGGGCGCAUUCGCGCGCUGCGACGACCUGCGGCCGGCGAUCAUUCAGGCCGGCGCGCUGCCGCAUCUGGUGUCGCUGCUCGUGCUGCAGCGUGCCAACUUUGAUAAGGAGAGCCUGUCCGCCGCGGCGGCCGCUGCAGGCACGCUGGGGCACCUGGCAGAGGCUGGGGACGCGGUUCGCAUGGCAAUUGCAGAGGCGGGCGCCCUGCAGCCGCUCGCGGAGCUGGUCGAGCGGCUGAGCGGCGUCGAGUCCCCAGCCUCGGGCAGGCACUUGAUUCUUGUUCUGCAGGCGUUGAGGGAGCUCAUGAAAUGCAGGCAGAUUCACCAGGCGCUCGCUGAUGCAGGCGUCGUCGCCGCAGCGCUGAAAGUGAUCUCAGUGACGACGAAGGCCCGCGGCGGCGGCGACGACGGCCCGCAGGCCGCAGCAGCGUCGCUUAUCGGCGACGCCGCGGCCGGCGGCGAGGGGCCGCUGCGGGGCGCGGUGAUUGCGGAGCUGCCACCGCUCGUCGCGCGCCUCGCUGGCGCCAGCGGCGCAGCAGGCGCGCGUUGCGCGAUGCGCGCGGUGGAGUGGCUGACGGAUUGCUGCGAAGCGCUCGACGCGCCGCUGCUCGCGGCGGGCACCGCGCCGGCGCUGGUCGCGCGGCUGUCGGACGGCGGCGCGGAGGGCGGCGAUGAUGCUGCAUGGGCAAUCGACAACCUUGCGCGGUCUGGGGAUGAGGCGUGCUCGGCGAUCAUGGCCUGCAGGCCGCUGUCCCGGCUGCUGGAUCUGGCUCGGGGCGGCAGCGGCGCUGCGGUGUGUGCACUUGAAGGACUCAUCACUGGGGAUGGGCCAGCCGCGCGCGGGCGCGCACAGGCGGCGGCGGCUGCGGGAGCGGGGGCGGUGCUGAAGAGGAUCAUUGCAAGCGGCGCGGCCGACGAGGUGGCGAGGGACGCGGCCGAGGGAGCGCUGAACGCGCUGGCUGCUAGCGGCCAGCACGGCAGCAGCGGCAAGAUUUGA